AUGGGACUGCCUCGCAAGUCUCGUCCACUGUUAUGGCGCCGAUAUAACGAUGCUAUCACAGAGAUGCUGAUUAUUGUUGGGAUGCCAAAGACACUGAACGCUCUAUAUCCAAUGAUCCCAUUAGUCAACAAGACAGAUAUAGCGCUUAUUAAAACAUCAGACUGGGAAGUCGACAAUUCAGCCAGAGGUUGGGAGUAUGCGAAAUUAACACAUGGAGAUGACUGGGCGGAUUCGUUUAAGGCGGCCAGUGUAUAUGCUCCGGAUAUUGCACAUAUCACGAUGAAUGUUUCGAUGCGCAAUUUGUUAUCGGAUUAUUCGGUACAUGAUGGACUAGCGACUAUGGCGUUGCUGGUCACAGUGCUGGUAGCGAUGAACUGCCCACUCCAAGCCUCUUGGCACGCAAAAGGAUACAUCAGGCACGGGGGAAACAGAGAAACCCUGGAUAAAAUUGUCCAGUUUGCGAAGAGAAUUGCAACUGUCACUGGAACUACUAUUCCUGCUGACUUUCCGACUACGGAAACGAUGCUGGAGGGACUAUAA